GGAAGAACGAAUGGAUCGAGCACAACCGGCUCAGACAGACAGGAAGUUGAUGGCCCACUGUCUCGCCAACAGCCUUUGCUGCCUCGGGGGCACUUAUAUAGGAGUCCUCCUCUCCUACCAUGUACGAACCGAGGAACGACGACCGGGGUGGCCGACCCGAGCCACCACCGCAGGCAGUGGAUAUCUACGUUCAAUAGUCUCGUCGGGGGCCUGCCAUGGGCUGGUCGUCGGGACAAGUGACUCUACUUUCAGCAAGUCCAGCACGGAGGGAGGCCGCCAGUUAGGUGUACAGAGCUCUCGUCGGCCAAAGAUACCUGCUCUCACCAGAGCCAAGGAGCGAAAGAUGCCUCGCCAGAGCCAAGAGGGGACUCAUCUCUCGCGAGGGGAGAUUAUUGUCUGGGCAUUCUCUCUACGGUGGGCUAGGAACUCGCUCUGUAGUGGGCUACGCACUCUCUGCAGUGGACUCUCGUAUUAGAGUGUCUGACCACGCCGUGGUAGAGUGCAUCCUGGCCAGAGAACGCUCGCGUCAAAUUCCCUGUGCCUGGUAGAAUCGGUGGGGCCCAGGGUCCAGUCCCUGAAGAACUUGAUCCCUUUGGCUGGAAUUGGCUGGUUUUAGGCAGGCUUUUACGAGUAAUUAGUUAGUAUUUAGUUCCUUUUAGCCACUGUUUAGUAGUCUUAUUGACCAAGCUUAUUUGGAUUAGUGCGUGGGGCAGACCCUGAACGGUGGAGCUCAAUCAACAGUCAGUAGUAAGUAUAGGUAGAGUGUUCAGCUAUGGAAUAGAUAAAUAUUGAGAG